GAGACGCGCGAGAACCGCCAUCUUAACGUGGUCGCGACUACACCGCUGUUGCGGUGUUGCGCUGUGUGAUUUUUGUUAUUUGACAAAGAUAUUCCCGCGGUGAUAAUGAUUCAAACUCGAUAAAAUUGCAGUGUGUAUUUUGCCAAGGAAUAGUGAAGCGGACAAACCAAUGUUUUUGAUACAGUUUUCAGAUCGAGGAUACCUGAACUGGUUGGUAAACCAAUUUAACAAUGCCGAAAGGACGGUUAAUUACUCGAUCUGUGACCCAUACCAGGCCUAUCAGCAUGACGCUUAACUUGGACUGCUCUGAGGAGCCUCUCAGCGAAUCUCAGCUUGCGCACAAUGCAAAGUUGAAAGAAAAUUAUGAUAAGGUUGCAGGAACGCUCGAAGAAGUGAUCAAAGAACGUGGUGGUCAGCUACUCUGUCAAGCAGGUGCUGUCCAAGGGUAUCAGUACACAUUGCCAGGAAAUGCUCCACAGCCAGCAAUCGUCAAACCUAGCCAGUCUUCGUUGUUGAAUCCUAACCAGGCAAAAUCGCAGCCUAUAAAGUUGAACAUGUUAAGCAACCCACCUGGAAAUCAGGGAAAUAUCCAGCUUGUGAUGGAUCCACGGAUGGGUGUUAUAUUGGGAGCAGUUACACAGCAGCAAUCUACCCCACCAACCACGCAAGCAACUCCUUCACCGGUAGUGUCUUCGCAAUCAACCAAUGAAAACUACAAGUACACGAGAUCUGGCCGUAGAACAAAAGUGCUCCAAGUGCAGCAGCCUGAUAUCAUGGAAGAACUUCCUACUCCAGUUUCCAGAACCAGAGGAAAAACCGGCACCCCUACACACGUCGUUACUCCUAUUCCAGCAACGACGAGCCCUCAGGGGGUGACAAAUCUGAGGAUAAAAACGGUUCCUAAACAGCAACAGCAACAGCAGCAGCAGCAGCAGCAACCACAACAGAAACCUGCCCCAAUCAUUGUAAGACCAACAGAACACACUAGCAUAGGUGGUAUAUCUGUGGGUAACAAAAAUGCAAGCGGUGAACAGAUCGAAGAAUCGAAGCGCAACCUGCCAGAUGGCAGAGAGAUAACGUUCAAUAAAAUGAACGGCGGUAGGACUUUUCCCUCGUUGGUUGUUGUUGCCCGGCCAAACCUUUGCACAAAAGAUAUCGCGCCACAGCUUGCGCAAGCAGAGAGAACGGAACUGGAUGUUAAAGUUAAGAGCGUCUUGAUGUAUUCAGCAACAAAAUUUGCCGAAUGGCUAAUACAGCAGGGUUUAGUGCGAUCGGAGCAGUACUGCAACCUGCACAGUAGUAACUAUCAAAAGACUAAAUUGAAACUUGGAAUGUACAGUGAUUCUGGUACAUUUCCCUACUCUGGUGGUUACGUGUGGAUAUCGAGCUGUUGCCCGGAUCGUUUUGUCUCAGUAUUCUCUGGCUCGAUAUUUCAAGGAGCUCCGCACACUCCAACUGUUUUACUAAAGUUAAUUUAUCACUGGGCUUGUCAAACAAACGUGCAGAACGUCGUCUCUUGGGUAAAAGUAUCUAACGUUUAUGUAAAAAAUUUUUACACCAAUCUUCGCAGCAUUUGCACAGCUGCUGUGUGGGAUAAAAGUCGUAAAAUGGGUGGCAAAAAUUCUAUGGUUCAAGUCGGAGUUAUCAGCCUUGGAACUACAUCGCAAGAUGGAAAUCUGAGACAGGUCAAAGUAGAAGUAUUGGGUAUCUUGAAUUUGGAAACGCAGGAAAUUCGACUGCGCGCUUGUGACCCUGUUCAUGACGGCGACAGGUCCUUCAAACGAAGGUUUCACAAUAUAUUAAAUCCGCUUCGAGACUGGGUCCACAAAGAAUCCAAAAUACUUACCGAUUACACAGUCGACAAAUCUACCCUCCAGGAAAUGGGAUUUCACAAUGUGAUGCAGUCAGCGUUUUCUGAACAAAAUCCCAGGAACACAUUCAGUAAUUACCACAUUAUGGAAUACCUGAGAAAAAUCGUACCAAGAAUGUUUCAAAACACGCUAAGUCUUCUUAGUAGACAAAUGAUACAACAAUUCCUAGACGACCUUGUCUGGCGUGAAAUGUUUGGUAAAACAGCAGCUCGUGCAUUUGACAAUAUAAUAAUCCACAUAGCGGAGCAGACUAGAAUUGAUUCUCCUGACUGUUUACUAGAUCGUUUGGCUAAGAUUGCAGCAAAUCCAUUCCAGGAUUGGUCUUAUUCAAACCUGGCUCCGCCACAGCUGGCUCCAAUGGUCUCGAUCCCAAAGGAGCCAGUAUCAAACAACGCGGAAAUUAUUCAGACUAUAACACAGGUUGACUUGACUAGAAACAACAAUAAACCGGGGCCUAAACGAAACCGAAAAAGACUCAUACCUUCUAAAGGCACGAGUCCCGAGCCUGAAGUAAAAAGAUCGACGCCCGAACUGAGAUUUAGAGACAGGGAAAACAAGGGCGGCGACAACAUACAACUUCAGGAGUACUACUAUGCUACAAUGGAGGGUGACAAGAACAGGCUUUUAGAUGAGCGUAAAAGUUCCAUAAACAUGAAGUGUUUUCUGUGCACUACGAUAAUGCGAUCGAAUACAGAAGUUAUGGAGCACAUGGUGACCCAUGUAAGGCCACAAGUACCUGGACAAAAGGAAUCCCCGGUCUGUAGGUAUUGCUGCGCUGUAUUCUCGUCCAAGCAUCAAAUGACAACGCACGUUAGCGAAGCGCACAGCACAAUGGGGCGAAGUGCCAACGGUGACAUGGUGGUAUGCGCUAUUUGCGAAGAAAAGUUUGUGAUUGGUACGCUACUGGCUAAUCACAUGGCAGCUACUCAUUAUCCGUCGGAAAUGCCAUACCGAUGCGAGACCUGUGGUUAUCGUUCAUCUAGUCAUAAAGAUGUCAUCGAUCAUUACUAUAAAAUCCAUGAGAAAGGGGACGGUCUGAUGUGUCCUUAUUGUCUCAAGGUGAUUCAGUUCUGCACGGAUGGUAAUUCAGGCACUCUUCUACCAGUUGUUCAUGCCUACUUAUUGCACAUGCAGAGGCAUUCAUUGAGGCGUGAAGAAGGGAGGGGUAACAAAUGUCGGCGAUGCUGUCUUUGGUUCAACCAAAAAAGUGCGCUGAUAACGCAUCAGAAAGAGUUGCACAUUUUUCUGUCUAGCCCUAAAAUUAUUCCGUACAUCGCAACUGAAAACGGUAUAAUGAUACCGAGACCACGUAAUCCAGUGAAACGUAUCGAAAUAGAUAGUCCUAUACAGGAAUUACCCAACACUGAGAAUGUGAAGACAUGGUCCGAAGGACCGAUUAGAAUUCUUGCUCCACCUAAGUUGGCUUGUCAGGAGUGCGAGGAGGACAUAGAUGAGCUUGAACAUUACCCCGGUGAACAGAAAUGCUUGCACUGCAAAUACUCGACGUGCUGUUGGCGAGCUUUCAAGGAACAUCAGCAACAGUUUCACAAUGCUAGACCACUGACCGGCUUAGCAGUACUUUCACCACUGCUGAACAUACCCUUGGAAAAUAAAAUGCAGUGUCCUUGCGGUUUUUCGUCGGUUGAUGGAAACCAAUUAGCGACGCAUUUGAUCAAAUGUAAAAGGAUAUCAGCUUACCCUACCGAGGAUUCCGAGGCGACUGGAAUGUUAGACAGUUUGGGAUUGGUUCCCAAAAAUAUUCAAGACGACCUGGAAGGUACAAACAGUCUUCAUCAAAAGCCACCCAGGAUUGACAUAAUGGAAAACCGACACAACGACGAGGACAAUUCUGUUCAGCCAUUGACUUGUGAAAAAACUGACGGAGAUUUAGCGAUGCCUGAUAUUCCCGUAAAAACAAAUAUGGAAUUGAAUUCUACUACUGGCAUUAAUGGUCGUCGGGCAAAAGCGUCUACCUCUACAUCAACAAGGUUCGAACCUUCCCUAGAAGACAAUUUGCCAGAGAUCGUUGAGGACAGACUCUUGCCAUCAUCUGGAAAGAAAAAAAAAGUCUGAUGUCGAGAUCUCAAAUAUUGUGAAGUAAGGAUUUUAAGGGACGUGAAAAUUGAGUCUAGGAAAUUUCUCGGUAAAACCGGUAGACUUCGUGAAUAGUGUUUAAGUUAAUUUUACGGUAUUUCGAUUAACUAACAAUAAGUAUAAAAAUAAAACUGAGUUUUGAACGACUUUAAGCUUCGUUAA